UUUCAGAGCGUUCAGUCAGAAAAGAGCUGCAAUUGAGAAAGAAUAUGCACAGAGCAUUCAGAAGCUGGCUAGCCAAUACUUGAAGAAGGACUGGCUUGGAAUGAAAGCUGAUGAACGAAGUGAUUAUAGGAGCAUGUACUCGGUUUGGAAAUCACUUCUCGAAGGCACGAUGCAAGUGGCCCAGUCCCGACUCAACAUCUGUGAGAACUAUAAAAACUUAAUUUCUGAACCAGCCAGGACCGUGCGGUGCUUUAAGGAGCAGCAGCUGAAGAAGUGCGUGGACCAGUUGACACGGAUCCAAGCUGAAUUGCAAGAGACAGUAAAAGAUUUAGCUAAAGGCAAAAAGAAAUAUUUUGAGACUGAACAGAUGGCUCAAGCGGUGCGGGAGAAAGCUGAUAUUGAGGCCAAGUCCAAACUUAGUCUUUUUCAGUCAAGAAUAAGCUUGCAGAAGGCAAGUGUAAAGUUAAAAGCACGACGAUCCGAGUGUAACUCCAAGGCUAUCCAUGCAAGGAACGAUUAUCUUCUCACUUUAGCAGCUGCUAAUGCACACCAGGAUCGCUAUUAUCAAACAGAUUUAGUAAACAUUAUGAAGGCUCUCGACGGCAAUGUAUAUGAUCACCUUAAGGAUUAUUUAAUGGCAUUCAGCAGGACUGAACUCGAGACGUGCCAAGCUGUACAAAACACGUUCCAGUUUUUACUGGAGACUUCCAGCAGGGUGGUGCGGGAUUACAAUCUACAGCUGUUUUUACAGGAGAACUCGGUGUUUCACAAACCGCAGCCUUUCCAGUUCCAACCGAGCGACAGCGACACGAGUUUUAACGCCGUUCAGCUGGUGGAUAUUGAACCCUCCCCUGUCAGUGCUAUGAGAAUGACCAUAGCAGAGAGUCGACAACUGGAAUCGGAAACUGGAACGACUGAAGAGCACAGCCUCAACAAGGAGGCUCGGAAAUGGGCUACCCGGGUAGCCCGGGAGCACAAAAACAUCAUCCACAGUCAGCGGGUAGGUUGGAAAAAACACUUGUUUAGGGAUUUUAUUUGUU